AUGGAAAUCGAAGAAUCAAAUAUAAAUGCAGUGAAUAAAAUUGUUCCCGCUCCCACUGCUGCUCCAGCUCCUGUUCCCGGUGGCCCUCCAGCUUCCGUUCCUGCUGGCCCUCCAGCUCUCGCUCCUGCUGGUCCUCUAGCUCCCGCUGUCGCUGCCGCUCUUGCACCGGCUUUUGCCCAUUUACAAGGACAAAGAAGACGUGGCACAAGAGCGGGAGCAAGAAUCCAGCAGGAGCGGUUUAUGGAAUUUCUACAUAAAAUGUCGUCCGCUCACUAUAAUUGGGGACUGAGGAGAAGUCGUAAAUAUUGAUCAAAAAUAAAUGAUAAAGAAAAC